AAUAAGAACCGAGUGAAGGCGGCUUCCCUUCAGCUCAAGGCUGACGCGAGACACAAGGUGGAGGCGGCCUUCCUGAUUCCUCAAUCAGAAACACUCGAGGACUUGCGAGCCAACAAAUGCUCUAUGAGCCCCUUUUUAGGGUCUGCACCACCAACAGAACUCUUCGUCAACUUCACGCCCACCUUCUCGUCCUCGGUUAUCUCAGAGGGACACCCUUUCCGAGCAGUACACCCGAGUUUUAUCGUCUCUCUCCAGACCAACUUCAGACCACCUCUGUCUUAAGUGAAUCCCAAGUUCUCGCCAAUGCUUCCCUUUAUCCUCGUUCGAGUUGCCGAACUGGGCAAGUCAACAAGCUUGCUACCAAGCUUAUUAAUUCAUAUGCGAAGACCGGUGACAUUGCUUCUGCCAGAUUGGUCUUCGACACCAUUUGUCGUCCGGACGCAUUUCUUAAUGAUGUAAUGAUGAAGGGUUUUGUGUGGAAUGGGUGCUUUGAAGAUGCCAUUUUGCUCUGCGAUAGAAUGCUGGUUUCUCAGUUCGAACAUGGGAGCUUUACGUUCCCCUCCGUUCUCAAAGCUUGCGGUGGUUUGCACGAUGUCGAUAAGGGUAGAAAGGUGCAUGGAAGGAUUAUUAAGGGUGGAUUUGAAGCAGAUUGUGCAAUUCAAACUGCUCUCAUUCAUAUGUAUUCCCAGUGUGGCUUUGCAGAUGGUGCUUACCAAGUGUUUGUCAGAAUGUUCCAGAGGGAUGCAAUUUCGUGGGGUGCAAUGCUAUUGGGCUAUGCACAUAACGGUAGAUAUACUGAAUGUUUGGAAGUCUUUGUUCAGAUGAAUGCGGCAGCUGUCGAAGUUGACUCUGUGACGAUGGUUGGUAUAGCCCAAGCUUGUGCUGGCUUGGGUUGUUUGAAGCAGGGAAGGUCUGUUCAUGGAUAUAUAGUCCGAAGAGAAAUUGUGAUCACUGGGCCUUUGGAGAAUUCUCUUCUUGAUAUGUAUGGAAAAUGCGGUGAUUUAUAUUGCGCUUGUAAGUUGUUCAAUAAGAUGUCAAAGAAAGACGUUUAUGCGUGGACGAUGAUGAUCUCGUACUACAAUCAUUGCUUAUGUCCUCGUGAUGCUCUCGAGCUUUUCGUCCAGAUGCAACAAAAGCUUUUACCGAGUCCACAUUCUGUGACCCUGGUGGCUGUUCUCCAAUCAUGUUCUCAGGUAGGAAGCUUACGUGAAGGGAAGUCGGUUCAUGGUUUCAUCACCAGAAAAGGUUUAGAUUUCGAAAUUUUGUGCCCUGGCUUGAUUGACAUGUAUGUUUGUUGCAAGAGAUUAUCCGAUUGUUUCAAAGUUGUCAGAUGCACACAGCUAAAAUCAGUUGAAUUGUGCAAUUCAUUAAUCACUGUCUAUGUGCGCCAUGGAUUACCAGCCGAAGCUUUGGCGCUUUUCUACCAGAUGCACAGGGAUAAUGUCUCCCCUGAUUCAUUCACGCUAGCCAGUUCUUUGGCUGCUUGUGCAGAUUCCAGCAGUUACAUAACAGGGGCUUUAAUCCACAGCCAUGUUAUCAAAACUGGCUUCCAGUCAAAUGAAUUCAUUCAAAAUUCAAUAAUUGAUAUGUACUGCAAAAGUGGUUUUGUAGAUUUUGCAUAUACAGUAUUCAACGGGAUUUUGGAAAAGAGCACGAUAACAUGGAACACUAUGAUCUGUGGUUAUGCUCAAAAUGGGCAUGGGAUCGAGGCCAUCUCUCUUUUCGAUCACAUGUAUCUCAAUAGUGUCGCACUGGAAUCUGUGGCCUUUGUAAGUGCUGUCCAAGCAUGCAGUCUUCUUGGUUCUCUGACAAAGGGGAAGUGGAUUCAUCAUAAACUUAUUGUAUGUGGACUUCAUGAGGAUAAGUACUGCCAAACAGCUGUUCUUGACAUGUAUGCAAAGUGCGGAGAUAUACUGCUGGCUCGACAAGUAUUUAACAACAUCAGAGAAAGAAGUGUUGUUUCUUGGAGUGCCAUGAUCUCUGGCUAUGGAAUGCAUGGGCAUGUAGACGAUGCCACAUCUCUUUUCAAUGAAAUGAUGGACUCGGGGACUAAACCGAAUGGAGUCACUUUCAUAAGCCUCUUAGCUGCGUGCAGCCAUACAGGAAGAGUUGAGCAAGGUCAACAUUAUUUUGACAAGAUGACGAAAGAAUUCAGACUUGUUCCUAGUUCAGAUCAUUAUGCUUGCAUGAUUGAUCUCCUGAGUCGUGCAGGUCAUCUUGACAGGGCUUAUGCUUUCAUCAGGAAAAUGCCUAUGGAACCAACGGCAAGCACUUGGGGCGCACUUCUUACUGGUUGUCACAUUCAUGGUAGAAUAGAUCUAGUUGAUAUAUGUCGAGAAAAUAUUCUAAAUCUUGAACCGUGGAACUCAGGGUAUUAUGUCCAGUUAGCAAAUUUGUAUGCUAACGAACGAGAGUGGGAUCAAUUUGGAAAGAUCAGAUCAACUAUGAAAAGUGCAGGACUGAGAAAGGCGCCUGGGUUCAGCGUGGUUGAGUUGAAUAGCGGGAUUCACAAAUUUAAUGCAGGAGAUACAUCUCAUUCACAAUCAAAAGAAAUUCUUAGUUUCUUAAAGGUCCUUGAGAAUCUGGUGCACGAAGAAGGAAAAAUGCGAAAUAUGGGUACUCUUAUACAGGAGAUAGAGCAUUACAGGGAUACUAGAACUCACAGUGAGAGGCUGGCCAUUGCUUUUGGAAUCAUUAACACUAAACCAGGGACAACGAUCCGCGUCAUAAAAAAUCUUCGUGUCUGCAAUGAGUGCCAUGAUUUCACAAAGUUGGUUACCAAGAUUACAACUAGAAACAUCAUAAUGAAAGAUCUGAAUCGUUUCCAUCACUUCAGCAAUGGAAAUUGUUCUUGUGGGGAUUAUUGGUGAUGCGUAGGCAUAAAAAAAGUCUGUCAUGACGAAAAUGACUUUUGAUAUGUCCAACCAUGGAAGAAAACUCGGAAACGCAUGUAAGAGAGAGAAAGCAGCUAGCACAUCUUUAUGAAGUGAAACUAAGAGAUGGUGAUACUUCUAUGUGUGAGCUACAGCCUCAUUGCAGUCUCUAUUUGCUGAAAGAUCUCUCUUAAGACAGAAAUUUACUGGAACCUAAGCUGGAGGAGAAGGAUCCUUGAUCCUUCUAAUAGCAUAGACAAGGACGAAGAUGUAGCAUUGCACCUUCUGCAACCAAGGUGACUCUAGAUUCAAGAACUCCAACUAGGCAGACAUAAGGAAAGGGUUGCUCCACGCUAACAUUGCCAUCCAAGCGAGGUUGAUACGUGGAGGAACAUCUGUAUGUCAUAUCUGCAGUGGGCUAGUCUCUUCUGAAGAGCUUUGCCUGUCAAUAUGUCAGAUUUUAUGUUAAAUAUGGACUUCAGAAUUUGGCCAGCAAUAGAGUUGCGCCUUCAUCUGUGAAGAAUGCUGCUCCAUUUUCAAUAGAUUCCCAUCCAAAGAGUUCCAUCCGAAUGUGAACAAUCAUAUUUUUAAAAGCAUAGGAAAAUACUCAGAUGAAUUGGUCAUAAAUACAUCCAAUUUUGAAAUUAGCAUGUGUCUAACAGAGGAUUCAUUCUUGUUGCUUGUUUCACUUUCUGUGGGUAGAAAAGCAUGUGCUGUCUGCAAGGCUGUGGUGUGGUGCCUUCUUCAGAUGGUUUCGCUGGUUGCGUGCUGUAAGACCCUUUCUGUGAUGAGUUCAUUUCCUCGAAGAUGCAGGAGGAUUUUGUUUGAGGAAACUUUGUUGAUGUCUCAUCUAACUUGUGGGUGGAAGUACAUAUAACCAGUGUUUAUGUUAGAUUGAUCAUUAACCACAUGUCUGGUUCAUGUUUCAGGUUGGUUCUACUCCGCUCUGUUAAUGAACUUGAUCUUGGCUGCAAAUGCUUGUUAUCCAAUUUGUGAAGUUUAUUGAUCUGACUGGAAGUUGCCACUGUUGAAGCGUGGUUCAUGACCAUUUGCCACAAAUAACCCAUUCAAAUCAGGGGAGGAAUAUUAAAGUUCAGCCACUACUUCAAGUGUAAUAAGGAUAAUUUGCAUGUCUAAAGAAGAACCUCUAAGCUUGCCUGCAACAACUCUGGGAACAUGUGCAAUAGAGCUAAUGCAUGUAAAUGAAUGACAAUGUGCGUCACCUUGAAGACUGAUACGGGUCCAACAGUGCGUCAAGAUUUGCACGAGGAAAUCACCAUGUUAGUUUUUAUUAGAAAUAUUGAAGUCUGUAAAUUUGAACUUAGUUGGCUUGUAUAUUAAUUUACUAUUCCAUUGUGUAUGUUUGAUUUUUCGUUUUCAUGAUGGGUGUGCCAUUCUCUUGUAGCAAGCGAAGCUGGCGACGCAUUUUUGAUGAAUUGGGGGAAGCUUCAGGGGCUAUACUCUUGGUAUUAGAUGCUUGCCAAUAUGACGCCUUUAUAUUUGAGUCU